AUGAUUGCUGGCGAAUCGCUAAAGGCGGAGGCCCAGCUGAAGAAGCGAAAGGAAGAGAAAGAAAUCGAGGAAACCCAGCGGGCUGGCUCCAUAAAAAAAAUUGCGGCUUCCGGGUGCUUUCUCGUGUUCAUUGGAGUCGUAGUAUUCUUCGCCGUUCAUGCGAGCAAGAUACGAGGCAAUCCCCAAGCCCAAACGAAGAAGAUGUGCACCACAAUAGACUGCGUUCAGCACAAGUUUCUGCUCCAAGAAGGAAUGGACGCCAGCGUGGAUCCAUGUGAGAACUUCACGGCCCACGUCUGCGGUAACACCAAGUGGGCCGACGUGAUGGUGUCCAGCACAGAACAAUACAUGAUGACGAAAUGGUUAAAGAACGGGGCGCUCUACAUGAGUAGCGGGAUAUUUAAUUUUCCUGUCACGAAGAAGGCGGAGGCUUUGUUCGCCAGCUGCAAGAACACGCGAAAGAGUGAAAUAGAAGAUAUGAGAAUAUUUAUGCGAGAGCGAGGUCUGCCUUGGCCCAAUAAGGCAGUCACGUCAAGGCAUCCCCUGGAUGUUGUUUUAGAUCUCUAUAUCAACUGGGGGGUCGUGUUCUGGUUUGAGAUCAGUCUUCCCACCCUGCUGCCGGGCACAAGAAGCAGUAUUUCGUUUUCUCGCUCAGGCAAAGCAAAGUUUGCUCGAGAGCGCAUGCUUGACGUCAAGAGCAAAAUGUCGGAUAUCGUUUACGCAAAGCGCUUUUAUGACAUCUCCAAUACCAAGGUACUGAACGAAAGCGACUUGGUGACACUACUUAAAAACGAGGAUGCCAUUCUUAAUAUCCUUGUUUCGAAUAUUCCACCAAAGCGAAAAAUAAUUUUGAUGCACCAAAUUGAGAAACUGACACCAAAUAUUUUGAGAGAUGAGCACUGGAUUACGUAUCUUAACCUUCAUUUGGGUUCCUACAAGCUCGGCGCAGAAGAUAAGGCACUCCUCGAAGACCAGCAGCUUCUGAUCGACAUAAAUAUGCUAUUUCAUAAGUUUAGCCACGCCGAACUUUUAGACCACCUCGGCUGGUGGUUUGUUCAAGAAUACCUUAUUCUUGCUUCGUCCGAGGCAUCGAGCGCUCUGCACGCCUACGAAAAUUCGCGAGAAAGUUAUAUCGCUUACGACUGCUACGCCGAAGUAGAAAACCAUUACAGGAAUCUAUUGUUUAUGGAAAGAAAACUCGCCAAAGAGAGGGGCGGGAAAGAUACGAGAAUUCCGCAAGAGAUAAUCGAACAUACAGUUUCACUUUUAGAAAGAAACAAGACCUGGGCCUUCGGAGAAGGCAGCCGAGAGGCUGUCAAGAAAGUCGUCAGGGAGAUAUCUCAGCUACCGCAAAUUCCCGACUCCGACAGCGGCGAGAGCAACCGGCAUUAUUUUGAGACCAUGUAUAACUCAUACCCUUCGAGCGAAAGAUCUUUCAUGAGGCUCUGGAUGGCCACUGCCACAGCCCACAAGAACGCAUCUGGCUGGCCGCUGAACGACACGCUACUGCGGCGACCUGUGACAAGCUCUUCCAUCGUUGAGUAUGACAUGUGGCAAAAUACUCUCUUCGUCACCCAGAGCGUGUACAACCCACCCGCCUUCUACGAGAACGGGUUGCAGUCAAUGAACUAUGGAGGACUGGGGACCCUGAUAGCCUUGCAGGUCGUCAAAGCGUUAAACCGUAAGGAUAGCCAGGUUGAACCAUCCUGGAACCCGAUAGACAAUGUCGGAGAAGGUCUUGGAGCACGGCCGGCGUGCCGUAACGUUGACCACAGAGUGCUCUUGCAAAUCGCUGCCGUGCAAGUCGCAUUCAGCGCUUACCUGGCCGCUGGAGGCGAAAAAUCGUCCCGUCUCAAAUAUCUCGAGAACUAUCCGCUCGAUCAAGUGUUCUUCUAUAGCCACUGCAAGACGAUGUGUGGACAAGGAGACUACUGCAGUGAUACCUUGAGGCACCUUGGAGCCUUCGCGAAAGCCUUCGAUUGCCCAGACAAUUCUUACAUGAAUCCACCUCAAAAGUGCACAUACUUUGAUUGA